CCCUCGUUGUGUUUUUAUUAUCGGCGUGUGUUUGUGUGAGAAUGAUAACAAAAUGCGACAAUGUGUCAUUCCACAGAUAAAAACGUUCGGAUGUUUGUGUUUUUGGCUUAUCACUCCGAAGUGAAAAAAUUCUUUGUUUACAUUUUUCUGUGAAAUCACAAAAAAAUAAAUAAGUGAUAGGGCAAAUUUUUCCCAAAAUUAAUUUUUUUUUUGAAAAUAGAGAAGGAAAUUACGACCGUUCGUGCAAUUUAAUAGAGUACAUUUGUUCGCCCUUCUGGAUAUGGCCACUCACAUAUAUUAACCCACAAUACGUUGAACUGAACUGAUGAAAAGUGAGUAACAUAUCAUCCAAAAUUUAUCAAUCAACUUCUACGCGUAGAAUAUUUCGCGAAUUUCAUCCAUGGACCCGAAUCAGACCGACAAAUCGUCCGAAAUCACGAAAUAUUUUCAAGAUUCCCACAAUUCCGAUAUAUUCGAUCAAAUAUCCAACUUGAAUUUUGGUAACGAAUCCGAUGACUCGAAACUUUCCACUGAUAAUACAGAAUCGUCAUCUACGCCGAAGAAAGACACCGAAGAAACCACUAGCUCGCCCAAAGAACCAGUCAUCUGUAGAAUAUUCGCCUCAUCAGAUGGCCCUUCGACUGAAACAGAGAAACCCAGAGAAGAAACGUUCUUCGAUAUGCUCGGAUCUGGUAGUAAAUAUUCUCCAGCCAUAUCUCCUAUGUCCGACGGUGGCUUGAAGUUAACCAAGCCUUCUUCAUACGGUACGAUUCUCUCUCCAGAAUUCCCCAGUGAUGGUUCUUUUUUUAGUCCUUCGUCGGGCACUGAUGUGGAUAGCGAUGCUGUCAACGAUGAGCUUUUUAUGAAAGGUGCCACUCAUAUGAUUGGAACGAGUAGUUUAACCUCUUCCGGCGAAGCAGAUCGUAGGCGAGAUGCUUGGAUACCGUUGCUACGUACUCGGCAAGCUCUAGCAGCAGCGGUGGCUGCUCCACCUGGUACAUAUACUCCCGAACGUGAUCUUUUAACGAUGCCCGGAGUUGUUCUUCAAGAAGAUAUGAUCGAUAACGUUCACGAAGCUGUAAAUCAUUAUCUGGGCGAAGUUGAAGCUGUGCAGCGUAAAGUGUUAACCUUGAAUGAUGUAACGCAAGAUGAACGAGGUCUACGUGAACUAAUUCAGGCCGAGUGCUAUAGAGCUGCUGUGAAUUUAACCAGUCGAUUGCUCACUAUGUAUGGCCAAGGUAUUGGCCGGUCAGGUUACCCUAGUAAACAUACAUUACAUUCGAUACAGCUAUGGUUUACCAGAAUCGCCCUUCUAGUUAAAUUACGAUCGUGGUCGGUUGCAUGGGCUGAAUCCGAGCCUUGGUGGGAUUUAGACAGGCCGGAUUUAUAUUUCCAAUUUUACAGCGAACUAUACGGUGGUCGACCAGGAACUAUAGUUCCAUUUUCAUUUAGAUUACUUUUAGCUGAAUUGCCACAGUAUGUUCAUAAACCGCAGGAAGCUUUCAAAAGACUAUUUUCUGUACUGAGCACCGUUCGAAAAAUAUUGAAAAAUUUGAACAGUGGUCUUAGCGAAGACGGUAGCCAUAUAGAAUUAACUGCCAACGAUAGGCAAGAAUCAUUGAAAUUGUGGUCAUCUCGUGAAACGAGGGUUUUACAUUCCAUUAUAAAUCUCGCCCUUCAACAAAGAGAUUACAGAGCAGCCAUUGAUAUACUACUUGGAAUCAUUGAGAAACCAAACACUGAUCAAAAUAUACAUCAUCGAAGAGCUAUAACGUCCGCUUUAGGACGUAUUUAUCUGCAAAUGGGUGAUAUGGAUAUAGCCAAAGAUUGGUUUGAGAAAUCUAGUUCGCUGAAAAGUAGUAAUCAGGGUAAAAAAGCGAAUCCAGAUUUUCAAGAGUUAGUUGAUCAAGGCCUAUUAGCAAUCGCUGAUAGUAAUUACGAAAAGGGUUAUGAGUUUUUCCAUAAAGCGUCUCUGAAAGAUCCUACCAAUAUAAUGGUAAGAAAUAAUAUGGCCGUUUGUUUGUUGUACUGCGGUAAACAGAAAGAAGCUGUGAAUUUAUUAGAAUUAGUAGUUUCCAAUAAUCCGACUUUAGGAUUACAUGAAAGUUUAUUGUUGAAUUUGUGUACAUUGUACGAACUAGAAAGCUCGACCGCUAUGGAGAAUAAGUACAAAAUGUUGAAAAUGGUUGCCAAAUAUAAAGGUGAUGCUAUAUCACUGAAUUGUCUAAAGUUACAAAUAAAAGAAUAAAUAUCGCGUUUCGUUAAA